AUGGACUACAGUCACGGCACAACGACAACGUACCCAACAAUGUACGACUACGCGUAUCCAGACGUGCGACAAGGCGGUUCGUCACGCGACGGUCGACUGGUCGAUCGGUCACAAUCCGGCUCGUCGCUCGCGCCGGCACCCGUACUCAAGCGCACCAACAGUGUCAUCUCGUUGCCAUCGCCGCCCGAUGAAACGAUGUCUCAGGGUCCUCUGGCGCCGGUGGUCGUGUAUCUGUCCGACGAGGAGCUGCACGACACUGACCUCGAGGAAGGGGGUGACGACGACGACGAUGUGGAGGCGUCCGGGCCUAUCGCACGAUCGCCGCCGAAAAGAAGCUCGUCGAACCGCAUGUUGCUCGACUGUAAUCCUUUCCUGGUCCCAUCUCGACGCGCAAUUCAGGAAGAACAGGAGAAACAGGCUCGCAUCGAGGCUCGCCCGGACCAUCCUCACGCUUCCCCAACCCACCAAGCCCGACGGAAACGGCUGCAACAGGACAAGAUCAAGCUCGACGUUGGACAAGCUAACAAGCAAGGGAUGGGAGCAAGAACGAUGGGGCGAGGGUGGGACUCGCCGUCGAACCCUUUCAUCGCGCGGGAAGGCGACACGGCUGCUCCGACCGCUCGGCGCGAGAACCACAAGCCGGACAAGAUCACAUACGUCUUGUGAGGUUACACUAUUUGGCUCCUUCCUUGUUGGCACUCGUUCUGAAGGUUGGACUGACACCUUUCUUCAUCUUGAUCGGCCUUCAGCCGAGGAAAACGGGUUACGUACGACGUGCCCCUUGACGCCCUGCUUGCGCCCGAAGAUCCCGAAGAUUCGCCUUUCCCCGACCCGUCGCCUCGGCUGCUCUUCCCCUCCGGUCCUACAUCAGACGACGAGGUUGAGUCAACCAAUCCCAUUACGCCUCCAUCCCAGUCCCGCCCGACCUCGUCGUUCCUCGACGCCCUUCGCGCUACCACCAGUGUAAAACCAACCGACGAGGUCAAGUCGAGCUCUCUUGGACUGCCGCCGACACCUGUAACGGAGCGUCAACGCAAGGCGCCGGAAAAGACGUUCAAUGCCAGGAAGGAGGCUAGGUUCGGACCCUACAAGAAGAUGGCGACGCUGCAUGAGCCAUAG